UGUGAGAGCUGUGAUUGGUCAUAGCUUGUCACAUGGUACAAGGCUGUUGUGAAUAGCCUUGUACCAUAUUUCACUAGUAGUAAGCAAUGAUGUCAGAAGUGACAUCUUGUUACUACUAUUCAUGUGAUCACUGAUUGGCUAAUCAGUGAUCACAUGAUCGGGACCUCACACAGGUUCCGUACAACAAUCAGUGCUCCCAGGGAGUACGAACAGCUUGAAAAUGCGGGCACCGUUUAUGGACGGCAACCCACUCCUGCACUGCUCCCGUCCAGCCGUUUAUGUACAUGGGCCGGACGGGAAGUGGUU